CUGUAUGUAAAUGUAGAAUGAAACAUUAGUCAGAAUAAUUUUAUGUGCAAACCGUCCUCACCUAACUGUUACUGAACUGUUGUUGACAGACAGUUGAGUCUCUCCGGCCCGACAGGGGGCGCUACAGUGCACGUGCAGACUCGCUGUGAUUGGUCCAUUCAUGUUCCGCUCGUGGACGCGGUUUGUUUGGAUCAUAUUUGGUAGCGCCGUUGUUCAUGUAAAAACAGUGCCACAAAACUCAAAAUCUACGUCUUAUUUGAGUUAAAUUAACUACGGGUCACGUUUUAUAGUAACAAACGGUUAGAUAUAGCGUUGAAAUGGACGAUAUGGCACAGGCUUUGCUGAAGAGACUUGUUAGGCGGAUACCGAGUCAUAAGCUCCAACCUACCCUCGAAAAGUGGGGUCGUAUGGAGAAAGCGCAGCUGGAGUCCAUGGAUUUUACCCUGUCGAAGUAUUCUUUAACAGAAACAUUACUCUCAAUCUGCGAGGAAAGUAACUGGAAUACUAAACAUAUAACAGAAUUGGAGUUAUUGUAUAUAAUUGACAACCCAAAUGUGGGAAUGUGGCAUGCCUACCAACUUGCUGACCCAGAAGACGAUGCCCACACUGUUGAGCUGAUGCAGUUUAAAGAGCAAUUUAAAUCACACCUCACUGAACUAAUACAAAAUGUGUCCAUCAAAAUAAAGAAACACACAGAUGAGGCAGUAUGGAUCCGGCUUGCAUGGGGUGAAAGUUUUUCCAGGCCCAAUCAUUUUCGACCGACAUAUGUGGUACACUAUCUCCAGUCUCCCUAUGUGUUCAUGACCAGCCUAAGCUCAAAGCGGAGGCCUUUGGUAUACCAGGCUUUGGUAUUUGCCACUAGAUACCAAUCCGUAAAGGAUGCUAAUCUCAGUGGACGCAAGCUUGGUGCAAUCAGGGAUCUGCUCAUGAGACAAUAUGAACAGGUGUUUCCAUCCAAAUUUCCAAGCCACAUUACAGAAAACAAAGAAAAUGCCAAAAACCCACUGAUUGAACAAGAACAAUCUGAGCUGUCUUCAAACCGAGUUCAGAUGGCAUGUGAGGCAUUUGGUGGGGGCAAGUUACCAGAACUACAGUCGGCAGUUUACAGGCUGGAGACCAAAUUCAGAGGAUAUGCAAAAAACAUGGCACAACAUAAGGAGCCCUUCAAAUGCGUUGUUAAAUUUUCAAGCACCAACUUACUGGAGUCUUUGAGAAACUGUGCAUCUUCAGGAAUUGCCUCAACCCCGGUCACACCUCUGCUGUCAUCGAUUCCACUCAAAGGAAGGAACUACUUUGUUAUCACUGACAACGGGCCUGCUUCCUCACAGACACUACAGCAACAGAAAUGACUCUAUCAAGUUCAGCACACAAGUCCUACAUAAUUAGGCUGAUUUCUUCUCUCAAACAGAAAACCCUCUCCUGUGAUGUGAUAAUACAGGAAAUGCUCCACUGUGUUUUUAAACUCCAUACACCUUCACUAGAAUCGGUUUGGAUGAUUUCAGCUCUGGAAUUUCUAAGGUAGAACAGAGUCUCUGAGCUUUGGAAAUAUAGACAGUCUAAUAAUAAAGGAUUACUCAAACAUGUGUGAAUGAAAUAAAACACAACUCCAGAUAUGUUUUUGAUGAUGUAAUAGCAAUAUAGCGUAGCUCAAAGCUCACAAGAGUCAUAUUCUUGUGUAAUAUGGGACCUUUAAGUUUAGUUUAACACAGAGAUAAUUUAUUGUUUUCCAGUCAGUCUACAAAUAGCACACGGUAUUUAUUUUUAGAACUACUUCAUAUCUGUGUAGGUAAUACGGUGUCUUGGUAUUGGGCUCCUUUGACUCAAAUCAAUACUUAAAUCAAUGUAAAAUACAAAGUGUAUCACUGCUCUAAUAUUAUGUUGUGUCAUUGUUGAAACUGAGUUAAAGGAAUUUCCCAGAUGAACAAAUGAACUAUGCGAAGUCAGACCUUGCAACCAUUUUCCUACGAAUAAUUUAGCAACGCAAGAAAGCUGUGCAGUGUGCAGAAUUUUUAAGUAAACAGCAGCUAUUUCCAGCGACACUGCGCGAGCUCAGACAAGUGUACUAAGUGUGGCACAGAGCCUAUUCUAAAUUAUAUGGAACAAUGGGAUGGGUCUGUUGUGGGAAUUACUUAAGUGAUGCGAAUAAUUAUAGGUAAAAUGUCUGUUUUGUGUAUGCAUAUUAUAUGGUAAAGUCACAAGCUUUAAUUGUGUGGUCCCUAAGUAAACUCUCAUUGAAUACA